UUGUUUUUAUAAUAUUCAUAAUUUUAAUUCUUCCAAAAAAACUUGAUUAGAUUUGAUUCAAUCUAAUUCAAUUUUUAUUAAAAAUUUAAAUUUAAACCUAAAUCUAAAUCUAAAUUCAAUUUUAUUUCUCAAUUUUUUGAUUAAUGCUAUUCCUAUUUAUCCAAUUCUCCCUUAAGUUUAUUCUCAAUUUAAUUUAUCUUAUUCUUUUUAUUUAUAAUUAUUUUGUAAACUCAUUUUUUAUUUCUUGUUCUCAUUUUGGCUUUCACUUUCAUUUCUACCUUUACUUUUUUUACUUUAUUCGUUUUUAUACUUCAAGCCCGAUAAAUCUUUUAUAUAAGUACCCAAAUUCUUUCUUUUUGUGUUGUUACCUAUCUUUUUUAAUUUUCUUUUCUUUUCUUUUCUUUUUAUUAUACCUCAUUAAAUCUCAUUACACCUUCUAUUAUUACUAGUUUAUAUAUACUCAAUAUACAUUCAUCAAAUAAAUACAUUACAUUUAAAAAACACUCAUAAAACAUCACAUCAAACAUCUUGAUUUCAAAUACCCAACACAAUUAUCAUCUAUUCUAAAUCUUCAGACAAAUU